AUGUAUAUAGAAUAUGUAAUAUUGGAUGGUUUUAAGAGUUAUUCAACUCGUACUGUGAUAGGUCCAUUGGAUCCUCAUUUUAAUGCAGUAACAGGUUUAAAUGGUAGCGGAAAAUCAAAUGUAUUAGAUUCACUUUGUUUCGUAUUUGGAAUUACAGAUCUCUCAUUAGUCCGCGCAAACAAACUUGAUGAAUUAAUAUAUAAACAGGGACAGGCGGGUAUAACCCGUGCAACAGUAACAAUAAUAAUUAACAACACCAAUCCAAUGCCGAGUUUAAUGCACCCAUACCGUAAUAUGAAAGAAAUAACCAUAACAAGACAAAUAGCAUUGGGUGGAAAGAAUAAAUACUUUAUAAAUAACCAUCCAGCUACCGCAAAGAAUAUAUUUGACUUUUAUGACACCGCCAGCAUGAAUGUGAAUAAUGCCAGAUUCCUAAUAAUGCAGGGCAGAGUAACUAAAGUAGUAAAUAUGAGACCUAGAGAACUCUUGGACUUGAUUGAGGAAGCGAGUGGCACAAGAGUAUACGAGAAUAAGAAAACUGUAGCACUAAGAUUAAUCAAGAGAAAAGAUGAGAAAAUGGAAGAAAUUAGACGAAUUAUAAGUGAUGAUAUUGCUCCGAUGAUGGAGAAACUGAAGAGUGAUAAGGAAGAUUUCCAGCGUUACAACACUGUGAAGAUGGAAUUUGAUAAAUUCAGAAUUAUAUAUAUAAAAUUACAAUAUAAAUAUUAUAAUGAAUUGGUAAACAAGUUGACGGAUAAAUUCAACACAAAACAACGUCAAUUGGAUUUAAAAUUAGGUAAAAAAUCGGAAACUGAAACAAACAUCAAAUCAUUAAAUGAGAAAUUAAAAGAAUCAGAAUCGGAUUUACACAAUUUACAAACUAAAUUGAAUAAAGAAAUGAGUAAACUCGAUGUAUUGAAUAAAGAAAUGAGUAAACUAAAGAGCAAUAGAAAAAUAAGUGAAAAAGAGUAUAAAGAAUUAUUAAAGGAUAUAAAGGAUCUAGAAAUGGAAAUAAAAGAUGGUACAGUAAAAUUAAGAGAAUUUGGUGCUGUAGAUAAGUUAAAAGAGUUUGCAGAAAGAGUUGAAGAGGAUAGGAAGAAGUUGGAACAAUUACAGAAACUUGCAAAUUCUGGUGGGAAAGUAGGUCAAAUUACACAGUUGACAUCGAAAAUCUCUGCAAAUCAAUCUGAACUGACAAAUACUAACCGUGUGAUCUCACAUUUGAAAGUGGAAAUAACAAAGUUGGAGUCAAAAUUACAGGAAUUUAAUGUUACAAGAUCAGAAUUUGAUGUUGAAAUACAGAAUUUGAAGGCGAAAAAGGUGGAAAUUAAUACUAAAAUUAAGAAUUUGGAAGAUAAAAUUGGACAAUUUGGUACAUCAGAUCCAAUUACACAUUUGAACUCACAAAUUAAUGAUUUAAAUGAUAAAAAAAAUAAUUUACAACAUCAAAUUACUAUACAUAAACAAUUUAUUAAUCGAUUCAAAAUAUAUAUUAACAACGGGAAUACACAUAGAAAUACUAGGGACAGAAAUACUGGAGACCGUAGUGAUAGAGAUAGAGAUGAAGAAUAUUUAGGACAAGUAUAUGAUAUAAUAAAAUUGAAUGAAUUGGGAUUAGAAUUUUCAGUACCAAUACAUGUAUUAAUUGGAUAUAAAUUCAGUUAUUUAGUGGCACAAAAUUCAGAAUCAGCACGACUCAUAUUUAAACUUAAUAAUCUAUCACAAAGUAAUAAAAAAAUCACCAUCAUACCACUAAACGAUGUUAAAAUCAAUUAUCUACUCAAUCAAUCUGAUUUAAAUAAUAUUAAAUCUUAUUUAUCAAGCACAGGUAGUUCAGUAAUCACACAACCUGUUAAUAAAUCAGUUACAAACCAGUCUGGUAACAAAAUAGUUGGUAAUCAACUUGGUAAUAAAUUAGAUAAUAAUAGUUCAAUUUUGGAUAAUUUGGUAUUGGGAUAUUGGGAAGUAUUUGAUUAUGAUGAGAAAUAUUUAAAGUUGGUACAGUAUGUUGGUGGGAAUUGUGUAUUUUGUAGUAACGACUCUGAUGCACGUAAAAUUGCGUAUUCUAAAGAUUUGAAGAAGAGAUUUCCAACAGCAACAUUACAAGGCGAUAAAUAUGACAUUUCAGGCACAAUGUCAGGUGGAGGUAAUAAAUACCUUAACGAAUUACUGAAAUCGGUGACGUUGCUAGAAAAGUUACAACGGCAGUUGGCUGAAAUAGAUGAUGAAAUUGUAAAUAUUAACAGGAAUGUGGUAAGUUGUAAGAGUAUGGUGGAUGAAUUAUAUGACCUGAAGAGUAAGCAGGAGUUGUGUACGUCAGACCUAUUGUCACUAGAGUUAAGACUUAAAAAUAAUGAGUAUUACAAUACAAUGACAAGAUUAAACAAUGCAAAGGAAGAAUUGGUAAUUAAAGAGUCUAGAGUGACUGAAUUAAAUGGAUUAAUCAGUGAGUUGAGUGCUGAGUUAAAAUCAUUGAGUUUGGGUGGAGGAAUGGACUUAGAAUCGAAGAUAAAAUUGUUAAAGGAAAGUAUAAAAAAGUCAAGUGUACAAUUGGAAUGUUUAAGGGAACAGAAUAUGGACCAGCAACUUAAAAAAAGUACAAUUGAACAUCAAUUGACAUCAAAUCAGACCGAACUUGAGCUUAAGAAGUCACAACUGGAGAAUUUGAAACAAUUAAAACAAACACAAGAUGAGGAAAUUGAGUUAAAACAACGUGAAAUUGAUGAAUUUAACACACAUUUGAGUCAAGGGAAUGGUGAUGUAACAGAGGUACAAAAUUCUAUAAACGGAAUAUUAAAAGAGAAGGAACAAUUGAUGGCAAGUGUAGAUGAAAUAAGUUUAAGUAUAAAACAGUUAGAAUAUGAUUUAGAAACUGUUGAAAAAGAUAUUAACGAAGCCAAUGUUAAACUUGUUAAAUUACAACGUGAGAAUCCAUUUCUCUCAGAAACUGAUUUGAAUGAUAUACAAAUUACACGUAGAUCAAGUAUCUCAGAUAUCCAUGAAGCUAAUCAAAUUAAUACCAUAGACAAUGGUGAAGUAUCCAAUGUACCAGAUGGUAUUUCAGAGGCUAAUAUACAAGAUGAUCAAUUUGCAGAUCCUGAUUUGAAAUAUGUCAGGACAAAAUUAGAAAAGUUAACCAGACUAAAGGAAAAGUUAAGUAGAAGAAUUAACCAAAAGGCACAGCAAAUGUAUGACGACUUAUUAUAUGAAUAUAACGACUUGAUGAAAAAGUUGAGUAAAGUACAAAAUGAUAAGGAUAAGAUAGAAAAAACAAUAACAGAAUUAGAUAUUAAAAAGAAGAAAAGUGUAGAAGAAAUGUUCCAACGAGUUAAUGUACACUUUUCAGAAAUCUUUUCAUUAUUGUUGAAUAAUUGUACUUGUAAAUUAGUGCCAUCAGAUGGUAAGGAUAUUAGUUCUGGAAUUGUAAUGAAAAUCUGUUUCAACAAUGUGUGGAAAAAUUCAUUAUCGGAACUGUCUGGAGGACAGAGAUCACUGUUAGCAUUAGCUUUGAUAUUGGCAAUGUUAAAGGUAAAACCAGCACCAAUUUACAUCCUUGACGAAAUUGACGCAGCUUUGGAUCUAAGUCAUACACAAAAUAUUGGUAAAAUGGUUAAACAACAUUUUCAAUACUCACAGUUCAUUAUCAUUAGUUUAAAGGAAGGAAUGUUCACUAAUGCGAAUAUAUUAUUUAAAGUCAAGUUCAUUAAUGGGAAAUCAACAGUAACCAGACACUCAAAUUCAGAUAAUACACAAAAAUCAAUAGAAACAGAUGAUUUUAAUAACAAAAGACAAAAAAUUUAA